AUGCCCAUCCAGCCUUCAGGGAAAGAAACAGAAGAGAUGGAGGCAGAAGGCGAUUCAGCAGCUGAGAUGAACGGGGAGGCAGAUGAGAGUGAGGAGGAACGGAGCGGCAGCCAGACUGAGUCAGAGGAGGAGAGCUCAGAGAUGGAUGACGAGGACUAUGAGCGGCGCCGCAGUGAGUGUGUCAGUGAGAUGCUGGACCUGGAAAAGCAGUUCUCGGAGCUGAAGGAGAAGUUGUUCAGGGAACGGCUGAGCCAGCUGCGAUUACGACUGGAGGAAGUGGGGGCCGAGAGAGCCCCAGAAUAUACAGAGCCUCUUGGAGGGCUACAGCAGAGCCUAAAGAUUCGUAUUCAGGUGGCAGGGAUCUACAAGGGCUUCUGUCUGGAUGUGAUCAGGAAUAAGUAUGAAUGUGAACUACAGGGAGCCAAACAGCACCUCGAGAGUGAGAAGCUGCUGCUGUAUGACACACUGCUUGGGGAGCUGCAGGAGCGGAUCCAGAGGCUGGAGGAGGACAGACAGAGCCUGGACAUCAGCUCUGAGUGGUGGGACGACAAACUACAUAGCAGGGGCAGUUCGAAGACCUGGGACUCAGUGCCACCCAGCAAGAGGAAGAAGGCACCACUCGUUUCUGGCCCAUACAUUGUGUACAUGCUGCAGGAGAUCGACAUCCUGGAAGACUGGACGGCCAUCAAAAAGGCCAGGGCAGCAGUGUCCCCUCAGAAGAGAAAAGCAGAUGGUAAGAACCGCAGACACAGGCUUGUCAGAAUUGGUAGCCUGAUCUGACUUUGAGGGUUUUGUGGGAGUUUGAGGAAUAGAAUCCAGGUUGGAGAAGCUCUUGGCUGAGGGAGCAAGAACAUGGAGAGGUGGAGGUGUAGCUCAGUGGUAGUGCUCUCGCCUAGCAUGGGCAGGAACCCAGUCCCAGGCUGCACACCACAAGAAGGUAAAAGUGCCUGGAGCCCCCAGGCAGGGUGGAGCAGAGAGAGCAGUAAGAAGAGACCCUUAUGGAUGAAGGGAGUAAGGCACUUCCCUCAGUGCCUUCAGGAAGUGGUGGUUGUCAUUUUCUUUCAACGUCCUUCUACCCUUCUAGGACCCUGACCCUGCAUUUACACUCGGAGGGUCCUUGGGGCAGCUGGCACCGCACACAGGAUUAACGUUUCUCUGCAAAGGCAGGGGGUUACUUACUGCUGGACUCCUCUGCUCUCCUUGGGAUCUGUAUAACCAACCGGCCCUGACGCUGACCUGGCCAAGCAAGACCGUUGUCUCCAUCCCUGAGCAGCCCACCCCUCCCCAAAGAGUAACUUCUCAGUGUCCCCCACAAGAAGACAGGCCUCAUCCAGAGUCAAAGCAGCAACCCUCCUGACUAAACCCUGGUCCUUGGCCACUGAGUCAUGAGCCAGGCCCCGCUGCAGGAGGGACUCCUGCCAGAGACAUGUUGGGUCUUGCCCAUCCUAACUGCCACUGGGGAGUUGGCUUCCCAGGCUUUCUCAGGGCCAUUCCUGGUGUCUGCCUCUCAGAUCCCAAGGACUGGAAUAAAAUUGGACCUGGAUAUGA